AUGAUGUCGAGUGACAAGGAAGAAAGUGAUACCGAGAUCGAACCCGAUAUGGGUGAUCCUGGUGAUGAUGUCGGCGGCGAUGUCGACGAGGAUGAUGUUCGUGCCGGUGAGGAUGCCGGUGGCGACGACGACGAUGGCGACGAAGGCGUCGAUGUUUUUGAGGAUGAGGAUGGUUUCGAGGACUCGGCCGACAAGAAGGAUGAAGAUAGCAACAAGCUUCUCAAGAUUAUCUUGUUGGUGGUGGGUGUGGCGCUUCUCGCGUCACUCAUUACUGGAAUCAUUGUCCACUUUGUGGAUAAGAAGAAUGUUCAGCACAUGCCCUCGCAUGACAAGGCUGAUUGCAGCGACGAUGUUGGAGGAAAGGAAACCAAGGCGGGUCAGGUGGACUUGACCUUUGAGGAUUUGCCGGAAGAAAAGCUCGAGCAGCAGCAGCGUGCUGUCGAGAUCUUGUUCAAGGAUUCGUACAACGAGUUGUCCGGUGGUUGUGAUGGUCCCUUUGAGCGUGUUCUUCGUAAUGUGACGUUGGAGGGAGUUGAGACAAAAGAAGAUGGAUCUGUUGAGACGACCUUUAUGGGUGUUGUCGGAUGUAAUGGAUGUCCUAACGAUCAACCCAUGUUCUCCCUUGCGGGGCACGAGUCGAAGCGUCGCAAGUUGUACUUGUGGGAUGUUCCCUUUGAUUUGGAUGAUUUCAAGGAAAGAUUCAGUGGAAAACUUGGAGACCUCAUGGGCCAGCCUGUGAAGAUCACCAAGGCCGAGGAAAUUCCCAACGAAAAUGGUGCUAUCGCUCCCAGGACUAUUGGAAAGCGUGCCGCGGAUGGUGAUGUCAAGAAGAGGGCUUUUGGUGGCGACGACAAGAAAGGUGCUGACAGUGAACGUAAGCAAUUCUUCUGGAUGCCCUCCAAGGACCGUCGCAACUUCUUCUGGGUGCCUGAAGACAAUCAGAUGCCCAACAAGGGUACUAGUCUUGAUUUGGGCGAGGAUGAAAGAGAGCAGUUCUUUUGGAUUCCCAAAGACAACAGGAACCAGUUCUUUUGGAUCCCUGAAGACAGCCGUAACCAGUUCUUUUGGAUUCCUGAGCCUCGUGACCAGUUUUUCUGGAUUCCCCAAGAAAGCGAAUCACCCAGCACUGUCCCAUCAUUCUUUCCAACAAAGCUCCCAACCAUUUCACCCACUACCAAAUUUCCGACUGCUUUUCCUACGAGCGCCGAGCCCAGCAUGGAACCUACUGUCUCAAGUGAAGAGCCUACCACGAGUAUGGCGCCAUCCGUUAGUUUGGCGCCUUCUGUCAGUCUUGAGCCUUCGCUUAGUUUGCCACCUUCCGAGAUGCCAAGCUUUAAGCCUGUAUCCCGUAUUACUCCGUUCCAUUUCCCUGAAGAACCACCCUCGGCCCCACCCACUGGUGAAUAUACAGCCAAUGCUACGAUCACCAUGAGCCCUACCACGUUGCCCACUACACCCCCCACAACGCUUCCUACCACGCCUCCCACGAUGACCCCAACUGUGUCCCCAACCACGCUCCCCACUAUUGUUCCCACAGUGUUGCCCACGGUCUUGCCCACAGUUAUGCCAACCGCCAGUCCUACUGUGUCAACACCAGAGCCCAGCACAAAGUCACCCACCAAAGUACCCUCUGCUCAUUGGUCAAACAGCCUUGUUCUUCCACCCAGACCUGAAGAGUGUGAAAGCACCAUUGAUCCCGUCACGGGUGCUCCCUCCUGCGCACCCAUUGGACCCCGUCCAUCUGCGGAACCUCAGCGUCCAACAAGUCGUGUGAGUCCGUUCAACAUACCAUUUGGACCUGGUAAUGGUCGCGAGCCUGGUGGUCCUGGAGGUGGUCCUGGAGGUGGUCCUGGAGGUGGUCCUGGUGGCGGUCCUGGUGGCGGUCCUGGUGGUGGUCCAUCAGAGCCCAGUGGCCCCUCUGAACCUAGUGGCCCCUCGGAACCCGGUGGCCCUUCAGAAGAGACUCCAACGGCGCCCGGACAGCCCUCAGAGAUACCUGCUCUUGCUACAAAGAUGCCAACUAAGGAGCCUCAAACACAAUCACCAAGUUCAACACCACUCAUCACAGAGGUACCAACCAAACUGACACCUGAAACCAACCAAAGCAACACCUGA